AUGUCCGGCUUCAAGGCGCUGAAUAUCGAGUCCGAUGACGAGUCCGACAUCGAGGUCGACGACACUAAGGAGAUUCAGAUCGAGGAGGCCCUGAAAUUGUACCAAAAUGCUUUGAAGUAUCAUGCCGAGGGUCCUGGAUCUUUCGACAAAGCCGCCGCGGCGUAUCAACAACUCUUCGAUUCAGAAAUCUUCAAAUAUCCAGAGUCGCAAAUAGAGCUCCAAAGAAUCGAGCUGUAUGGCCCUCUCCCUGAGUCGGACGAGAUCUGGUACGAUCUGGAGCCUGGCACUGUGACAGGCCCCGUCGGACUGGAAGGAGGACCGAGCACCUUGCCACAGAUAUUGCAUCUUUCACACAAGAACUAUGCUCAAUUCAAACUAGAGGCACUUUCAGCCAGAUUCGAGCAGUUCAACUUCACGCUGAAUCAGAUUCUGGCCGAUGCGAAGGAUGCUCUCGACCACUUUGUGCACGCUUUGGACAAAGAUGAUAGCGACCUUGAACUAUGGCGGCGUACAGCGUCUGUGGGACAGCUGCUCGACAGCAAGCGAGUGGCUCGUUAUUGUCUGGAAUCUGUCAUGGAUGGCGACGAUGAUGCAUUGGGUGGAAUUCUCUCGCUUCCGGGGUUAGAGGAAAGUCUGGCUGGUGAGCAACUUCGAGAUCUCGUUUCCGAGUUGCAAGAUCAACUCUCGCUAUUGCAGAGCCCGUUGUCAACGAGCAAGCGAAAAGUUUUCUCGAGGUUGCUUAAAGAACAGCUACACCCAUACGAGGACAUUCUUCGCCAGGAGAACAAUCUAAAAGCGCAGGGCGAUGCAUUGCCCGCUAUCGAAAGACCAGAGCGAACUCUUCUAAAAACACCGGAAUCCUGGGCGGAGCUGGGAGAUGGGCUACUGCGGCAGCUCAUGGCCGAGCAGCACGGCACUUCCUCUGCUUUCCCUGCUCUUGCUGUGGCUUUUGACUUGAGUUCUACAUCGCCACCUGUGGCCGCCCUAGAAUCAGCUCCUUCUCCUCAGGCCUUGCCGGCACCAGCAAGCAACCCGAUACUGCCGAAGUCUGUCAACGAGCAGUUUCCCGGCCUGGAUCAUGGACUGCCAACAGCGCAGCCGCAGAUAGCUUCUGCGGAUGGAAGCAUGCAUGUUGCCAAUAAUCCGACGGACGAAGACGUGACCAUGAUGGACUCCCCGACUAUUACCUUACCCUCACGCAAACGCUCUGGAGAUGCGGCUGGCUUAAAUGAUGGAGCAGAAGAAGGCCGUGCAAAGAGUCGUCGUACUCGCGCGCGCGAGUCCAACUUGGACACUGCAGACAGUCGUCAAGCUAUCAUUGACGCUAACACGCGCUGGGAGUUCGAACAGCAGCUUCACGAGUUCCAAGCUGCUGAUGACUGGAUGUUUGAGACGGUGGGUAACCUGUUCGAGAGGAUUGGAAUCGUCGGUUUCGACGCCACACGCCAUAUUCGACAAGACAUGGCAGCCUCAGCAGACAGCACGCCGUCUGCGGAGCCACCCAAAGGCAUACAGGACCUGCGAGUUGCCAGAUCUGAUAUACAAGCUUUCCUCGACAAAUUCAACGAACAGCUCGCGCAUCUUCUCUUGCAUGGUGGAGAAAACCUGGACCUUGGCCAAAGCCAGAGCUUGGCCGGUGCUGGUGGCAUGUUCGCUGGUGGAGGAGGAUCGAAGGGAGGUUCCAAGCUUCCACCAAUGCCGAAUGAUGGGCUCCAUCAACUUCUCGAGUCCAUGAAUGAGCACCAUUACCUCACUCAGGAGGCUGGCUGGGUAUUUGCGGAAGCCCUGCUACGACCGGGCAAGCUCACUGCUGAAUCGAAUAGCUAUGCCGCCUAUGUGUGGCCAGAGAACCUCAAAACAAUGGUUGUGCGGACUCUCGUCAACUUUGAUGAGUUCAUCUACAAGAAAGCAAGCGCUGAGCUCGAAGCUUGGAAGGGUACACUCAAUCCAGACGUCAAAGAUGUUGCCGACUUAGGACUUCCGGAAAUGGUGCAGACAAUCUUUGAGCUUCACCUAGACAUCUACAGCCUCAUCAAGCAACCCAACAGUGGAGUUGAGGCAGAUAUUAUUGUGACGCAAGGCGACCGUCUACAGCGAUGGUUCGACCUUGCUCGAGAGGCGAUGCACUUCCGGGCAGUCUCCACAGACUCACCUCGCCUUGAAGACCAUCUCAACAUUCGUUUUCUCUGGGCUACGACGUCCACUAUCGGCACUGCUAACGAUGUAUCCCAAGAUCAUGUUAUCGAAUGCAUGAACGACCUUCGAACAGUCUUCACGGCGGCAAACGAGCCCACCAUCCACCUACCAAACAACGCAAUCAUGCCCGAGCUGUCUUUAACGACGUUGGAGCGCGAGAUCUCGAAGCUCACAACCAAAGACUUCUUUCUCAAGGUCACCAGCCACAACGCCCAGGAUGCAGCAUCGGUCAUUGAGAACUUGGAACCGUUGCUGGAAGCGCUCGAGGCUGCCAGGACGAGUCCUAGUGAGAAUUCCCAGCUCGACGGAGAUGAGUCCUUGCACAACGUUCCGCCUGAGCUCCUCAGAUUCCUCGAGAAUAGCAAUGUUUCCGUGCGGUUGCUCUUGUGGCAGCGGUUACGUGAUGCUUAUGUCGCCAUUCAGUACAGCCCCAUGGUCGUGUAUUGUUACUUCCGCAUGAUCCGGAUGGUGUUGGACGAGCUCAAAUCUUCAGAUGUCACCACGACAGCUCAAACAGAGCGCCAGACCACGGUGCUCAAGUGUGUACGCUUGUUGCAUGACGUUGUCAAUAAGCUGUACGAAAUCAUACACAGCUCCGCGGAUGCCCUGGAAUGCCUGGACGAUACAGGUCUCAAACUUGCCGUCAACGGCUUUGGCGAGAUUCUUCAGCUCUUGCAGGUCUUCAACGUAGCUGAGGAUUCCGUGCGUAUUGGGCAGACUCAGGCGCCGUCUCUAUCGAACGGGUUGCCUGUGCCCUCGUACAUUGCAGUCACCAAACUUGGUCAGGAGACUCAGACGAAGAUAUGGAUGAUGCUCUAUUCUUUGUUUCAGGAGGCGCUUUCUCAGAACCCAGAUCAAUAUCCCACGGCGCUUGAAGAUCGUUUCGACUUCCUGCGUACCGUUCACCGUAGCCUGGGCCUUCGAGGGAUCUGCGGCAGCUGCAAUCGUGCCUUUGUCCGCAUGUUAAAGGAGGAGUUCCUCAACAUGACGCAAAUCGACGGUUGCGAAAGCGAACAAGCUCAGGUUCUUUACGAUCUGCACAGAUUGAACUGCUUCCUCGACCCGACGUACGAGCUAAUUGAGCACAAAUGUACCGCUGAUGCCUUCCUGGACCGCAACGUGGCUUUGCAGGCCGUCGACUUGCUUCUCUCACAAGCCUCCAAGCUCUCCGUCAAGGAUUUGAUCAAGCACCCGAUCAAGGACACCAUCGAAAAGGUCCACGGUGCACUUCCCAGAAAGAAGCCAACUGAAGCCAUUCUGCGGAACCGCGAAGUUAUCAAAUCAUAUCUCCGAUCUCCAAUCAAUCCAUUGGACCUGUAUGAUUGCCUCUCCGGCCGAAGAAAUCAGCUGCCAGUCACCCCCGUCCCCAAGGACGAUGCUUUGCUGGCUUCGAAAGGAUGGUACUUUCUGAUGGGUCAGAUUGCUCUUACCAGAUUCCGCUCGGUGAAGCGAACCGGUGCAACUGCGACAGAGGAUGUUGACAUUGCUAUUGCUUUCUUCAACCAAGAUCUGGAAUACACAGGAGAAAACUGGGAGACUUGGUUCAGACUAGCUCAAGCCCACGAUACCAAAGUAGAGGAGAAUGUGGUCUGGUCUGCGGAGAAGCUCAACAACAACAUGCAAGACAUCGUCGGUUUGCAACGAACUGCUCUUCACUGCUAUAUUAUGGGCAUGGCGCUGGCCUAUCGGUCUGCUGAUCUGGGCUUCGAGACCUCCUCGAAGAUUACCGAGAUGUGCUACGAAUUCGCCAAUCGUAUCUAUAGCUCGGCUCGCGAACCAUUUGGAAUGAAGGCAUUCGAGGUCGAGGACAAGGAGAGAUUCGUGAGCCGUCCUACUGGAGUCGGGACAGACAAGUCGUUCGAGUCUCUGACGGUAUACCAAGCUAUCAAGCUCGUCAAUGUCUUGUACAAACGAGCACUUCCUGGAAAGCCUGACAGCUGGAUGAUCCACUGCAUGAUUGGCAAAUGUCUGUGGAAGCUUCACAAUGCCCCAGACACCGCCCGACGUUCGAGCAAGCGUGAACCCGCAUCGCAGGUGCUGCAGGCUCUUGUGCGCACUCUUGAGUUGUUGCCCGAGAAAGACAGGAAAGGAGAUGGCAAGAAAGAGCCCAUCCUGGAGCCGCACUACAAGCUGAUCACCACAGUCCACAAACUGCUGACACAGUCGAAGACGGUCACUUUAGAAGAAGCGAAGGAAACCCUGAGACACACGCACUACGCAACUAAGGAUACAUUCCCGGAGAGUAUGGAAGAGUGGACCCCGUACAUCCUUGCCGUGUUGAAGAACUUGAGGGCAGCUGACAAGUCAAACUGGUACCACCGCAUGAUUUUCCGCUCUGCGCAGAUCAUAUAUAACGAUGCGAAAGACGAGAUUAUGGGCGGCAAGAACUUGGGAGUCAUGGGAGCCCAUCACGAGAUCCAACAAAUUUUUACCAAGACCAUGACACUCCAGGUGUGGAAACCGGAAAGCGAGAGGCCAGGCCGACACUUCGUCUAUACCACCAUCUACACUCGAUUCUACAUGGAACUUCUGAGACAGCUAAAGGACCGCGCCAACCUGGAGCAACUAGCCAGGCGUGUGCGACGCCGCGCUCACGACCUUUUCGAACACCUUCAACUCUGGCAAGACAUUUGCACUGCGUAUCUUCAGCUUCUGCGCGAAUAUGCCGAUUUGCGCGAAGGUCUGGAGACUUCGACAUUCAGUAACCUUGCGCAUGAAGACUUCCUAGCCCGCAAAGAGCCUCUAGAGAAGUGGAUGCAAACGCAAGAUCCUGGGGCAGUGCCUGCGCUGGACGUCUUGCGAGAAGUGCAGGAGUUGAAGAAGAUCAACCAGGGAAUCAUGAAGCCAGGAGCGAUCGACGACCUCAUUGGCGACUCGUAUGCUCAGUUAUUCAACACAGUCGGCAAGGUUCUAUUGGAGGACGAGCGUCGCGCAAAGCGAGAAGAAGAUGCCAGUCGCGAAGCAGAGAAGCCUCCUCAAGUCCUUAGCCCGCCACGGAAUCCCAUGAUGAGUCUCACGCAUCUGAUGAAUGUUGAUGGAAGUAGCGACGCCCCGCCUAACGCACCCCCAGUCCCGCCCGCAAACCCAGCAUUGGGUCUGCCGCCGCCAACUGAAGCUGCUCCAGCACGCCGUAAGAUUGGUGUGGGACGAAGGGAGAUCCGAGCCUGCGCAGAGCUGUGUGUGCAGAAGGAGAAGGCCAAGUCACAAUCCAGCAGUGACGCUACAGCCCAGAAGAUCGCCUCAGCGCCGAGAUUGCAGGUCCUCAUAGAACGAGACCGUCCGUCGCUUUCAGGUGAAGCUUCUUUCGAUAACAGUGCGCCUGGCAGCAUCCACGACAGCGCAGAUGAUGAGAGCGAGCUCAGCGAACUGGAAGAAGCCGACGAUGAGGCCGAGCCUGAAGAGGGCGCAGAGAAGGAACACGACGACUCGAUCCCAAGACCGAUUUUCCCUGGCCUCGCAUCGCUGCUGAGGAAGGCGAUGAUGGCAACGGGGAAGGAGAUGUUUAGGGAGCUUUUGGCCGAUUCCUGGUGCCAUUUCUUGGGUUUAGGACGGCUAAAGAGCGUUGGAGAGCGUGAUUGUGGGGAGAGGCGUUUCUGGCACGGAUUCAUCGAUUCUGUUUGA